GGCGUCCUGGGCAGGCUUUCAGCCUUUCUGCAGGCCUCCUAUGGCCGGCAAUAAAUGCUCAUUCUUGCCUGACACCAGAUACGCAUCUUCAACGGCUCUCUGCCUUUCUGUGCUGCUCAGUUGCUUUAUGUCAGGCGCCCUUAUCUAUUCCUCGGGUUCGCAGUCGAUCAUGGACCGCCCGCUGACCCGGUCUUUCGAUCGGGCCUAGCCUCCUUAUUGGGCCUUAACCGCUGACUCGCCUCUCUUGGGCCCGAGGCCCAAGUACGCUCAACUAUGCGGCCCAACAGCACCCUUGGGGGAUUAAUUCAUGCCUUCCGCAUCCGGGCAAGGCUAAAAAACCGCCUCCGAGCAAUGCACUCUUCGGUGAUUGAUUCAUGCCUUUCACCUUCCCAAGAAGCGGAACAGCGAAGCGCUUCCCAGGAAGCCGAUGAGCAACGCGCUUCUCAGGAAGCCGAGGGAGCGAUGCGCUUCCCAGGAAGCCGAUGGCGCGAUGCGCUUCCUAGGAAGCCUAGGAGCGAUGCGCUUCCCAAGAAGCCGAAGGCGCGAGGCGCUUCCCAGGAGCCCAGGAAGCCGAGCGGCGACGCGCUUCCCAGGAAGCGAAGGAGCAAUGCGCUUCCCAAGAAGCCUAGGAGCGAUGCACUUCCCAGGAAGCCGAGGAGCGAUGCGCUUCCCAGGAAGCCGAGGAGCGAUGCGCUUUCCAGGAAGCCGAGGAGCGAUGCGAUUCCCAGGAAGCGAAGGAGCAAUGCGCUUCCUAGGAACCCAAAGUGGCAAUGCGCUUCCCAGGAAGCGAAGGAGCGACGUGCUUCCCAGGAAGCCGAGGAGCGACGCGCUCCCCAGGAAGUGGAGGAGCAAUGCGCUUCCCAGAAAGCCGAAGGCGCGACGCGCUUCCCAGGAAGCGAAGGAGCAAUGCGCUUCCCAGGAACCCGAGGAGCGACGCGCUUCCCAGGAAGCCGAGGAGCGACGCGCUUCCACGGAAGCCGAGGAGCGACGCGCUUCCCAGGAAGCCGAGGAGCGAUGCGCUUCUCAGGAAGUCGAGGGAGCUAUGCACUUCUCAGGAAGUAAAGGAGUGACGCGCUUCCCAGGAAGCCGAAGGCGCGAGGCACUUCCCAGGAAGCCAAAGGAGAAGCGCACCCCAGGAAUCCGAAGAAGCACUAAGCUUUCCAGAAAGCUGAAAGACUAAUGCGCUUCUCAAAAGACGAAGUACUAAGCUUCGUAGAAGAGAAUAGUUGAUCUUGUCUCACACAAGUAAGAUCUUGCCUCACAGAAGUAAGACAUUAACAAGACACAUGACUUCCUGACAACAUGGACGCGACAUUGGGGGAGACACGAGACAAGAGCGUUUUGAGUUAAAACUCUCAAGCCGUGGGGGCCACCCUACCUAGGUCGCAAUUAUGGUCCACUAGCGCUAACAACAAUGGACGCAAAGGAACUCUUAACGACUUGAGAGCUUUGGUUCAAGACAUCGAAAGUCAAGCAAGGGGCAAAGGAAAUGAUUACGCAACUCGCACAAGGGGCAAACCGCAUCAUCCGGAUUCGUAAGUAAGGCAAAUUAAUACACGAUUAACGCAUUAUGUUACUCCUUCCAUUCUUACAGAAUACAAGAAGUAAAGGGGAAAUUGUUGGGAUAUAGAUUAAUAUGCCUACACGACUAUAAACGGGCCCAAGCCCACCGCAAGGUGUCCUGGGCCCAAGCCCACUCAAGGAAGCCCAAACCCUAUAUAAGGAGGCCUAACCCUCCAAACUAGGGAUCUUCUCUUUUCCCUUCCUCACUUUCCCCUAUGGUCUCUCUCUCUAAUUUAUCUCUCUACAUACCAUACACUCUCCUAUAUCGUACUCACUUGGGCGUCGGAGCGUAUCCCGGGGGCCGCCCCCGCCUCACAGGUUCUUCCACUCUCGAGGAGAUCGUACGAGGGAGUCCAGUUCGGAGCCCCAUAACCGCCUAGUACUUUCUAGGCUCAAACAUUUAUCUUUCUUGUUUUUGCAGGCAAUGAGGUGAGGAUGGAGGAGCAGAGGAGGAGCGUGUUUGGUCUGGUGAAUCGAACCGGUCUCACUCGCUAUGUGUGUUGCUAAGACAGAAUCUGUGGGCUAUGGGCCUUUUUCAUUAUUUCUCUUUUGUUGUUGUUUUUGUUAUGGAAUGGGCUGGGCUGGGAUGGAAGUCCAAUGUGUAACAGAAAUGGAUUGUAAUGUGCUGAUAAAUUUCUAGUGUUUAAACCUAUCCGGUUCGAACAAAAUUAUUUAGUACGAAAUUGACUCGGACGAAAAUGGGUGUCAGCAGUUGCCCCCCUUUGUAUGUUUCUUGGUACAAGAUUCAUACAAAGUGUGAUGUAAGAGAACCCAAAUCGCUUAACAUGGUAGAGAUAGGGUUGGAACAUGACAACACCGAAGCAACUUGGUAACGAUGCUAGGAGCCAAAAUCUUGUAUAUUGAAGGCGAUUGAAAUCGACUGAACAAGUUGAGUUUGAAAAUGUCCCUGAUGGGAAGCGACUUGAUCAUUAAGUAACGUGUUUGUGAUAAUAAUUGACUAAACAAGUUGAAAGAGAAGAGUCGAGUCGGUCAUUUGGUAACAACAUCAUACUCAAGUUGUUGGUGAUGGAAACUAUGAUAGAAACCGACUUGGCCAUUUGGCAACCCGUGUUUGUGAUAAGAAUCGACUAAACAAGUUGAAUGAGAAAAGUCUUUGAUUGGAAUCGAUCAAUGAUGGGAAUCAAACUGGAUUUUCGGUAGCAAUGAUGUAUUCAAGUUGUGACGGUGAUGAGAAUCAAAUUGGACAAGUCGAAUGCGUUUAUUGAUGUAAUAUUUUGUUGUGCAUGAUAUUUAUAGUGCAUGCCAACACGAGUUUGAUAGGCAUGGUGUUUAUAGCGCCUGCCGACGGGAAUUUAUUAUGCAUGGUGUUUAUAGCGCUCGCCAACGCAAGGACGAUAUGCAUGGUAUUUAUAGCGCCUGCCGACGCGAAUUUAUUAUGCAUGGUGUUUAUAGCCCUUGCCAGCGCAAGGUCGAUAUGCAUGGUGUUUAUAGCGCCUGCCAACGCAAGGUCGAUUGUGCAUGGUUUUUAUAGCGCCUGCCCAAGGUCGAUGUGCAUGGUAUUUAUAGCGCCUGCCGACGCAAGGUCGAUGUGCAUGGUGUUUAUAGCGCCUGCCGACGCAAGGUCGAUUGUGCAUGGUGUUUAUAGUGCCUACCGACGCAAGGUCGAUAUUUGUAUAGGGAAAAAAACUAUGGCGUAAGUAGUCGCUUUAAUGGGAAUAGCAUGAAAAUGUAUGGAUGAUAUUUUGGGUCGGAAAAUCUUCUAGGACAUAUUAUCCUAUGAAGAUAAAGUAGAUUAAUUGUGAAAUUUAUUUGGUACGUACAUAAGCAAACUAUGCACGUGAGAUCUCAUUUUAUUAUGAAUGUUGAUGAAUAUGUUUAGGUCCUAACGUCUGAUACAAAAUGUGUUUUGUUUUGUUUUUUUUAAUAUGCAAUUAUGCAUGGUAAUGGAAUGAAUUUACGUUUAUUGAAAAAGAGAGAAAAUGAAGAUGUGAGUGGCAUAUAGGGUAAAAAUCAUUUUUUGAGAGUUUUUUUUUUAUUUGAGUGAUAUAUGCACAUGAAAUCCUAGACUAUAAUGAAUGAUGAUGUGUUUGCGAGGAUUGAUGUUUGAGGCAAAAUGUGCUCUAUGACAUGUAUGAUAAUGGGAUGAAUGAUUGUUUUCAUUGAAAAAGAAACGAGAGAUAUUGGGAUAUGAAAAAAAGAAAAAAGUAUAAAUUAAUUUUAUUACUUUUAGAAGCUUUCUUGAUUGCUCAUCAACAAUAAUAUUUUAAUAUUUUAUUUUUCCUACUUUGUUAUUUUUUAUUUUUUUCAUUUUUCUUCUCCCUUGCUCUUUAACUGGACCAUGUGACUCCUCUUGUCUGGAUGUGAUCCUUUUGAUUUUGAUUGCCCCCAGUAUUAUUGUUGUGAUUCAUCAAUCGCUUUUCUAAGCUUUUGGUGGUGGAGCUCUCUUUUAUUGCUUCUUGAAAUGGCAGCCACUUCUUCGUUGUCCCAGUUGUGAUGGUAUGUACAAGCAAUGCAGUCAAAAGCGCGAUUCUACCUAGAAGCAGAAAAUUGGUAAAAUCGUAAAGCGUAGAAUCAAAACGUAAAAGCGUAAGUUUUUGACGCAUACUGAAAAAUAACUAAAAAUCUAUUAAGCAGGACAUAUACUAUGUAAAAUAUGAAUGCACAGAAUUUAGAUAAGUUAAUAAAUACAUGCAAUUCAU